AAAGUAUGACUUACACUCGAUAUUUAUUAAAACUUUCUUAACGAUUUUUCCAUAUUUGGACCUGUGAAAGGUCUUUAUCUCGACUCACUUAAACAACACGACCCUUAUCGAGUGUAUAUAUACAGAAGAAUGUGGAAACAAAGAAAUAAAACAGACUGUCGAUAACUUUAUUAUUAUUAUUACUUAAGACUUACUUCCAAUUGGAAACUGAUCGUGUUAACAACAUCAGGCACUUUUGUCUUAAAUUUUUUUUCUUUACAUUGCUAAGAAAUAAAUAGCCGAAAAGUAUUUAAUCCAAAGUGCUUAUCAUAUAUUGAAUUGUCACACUUGAAAUAAUUCGAUAUCUCUCUGACGAGUUCAAACCACAAUGUUAUCGAAAAUUAAUUUUCAUCAACCACUAAAAUCAUAUGUGAGGUAUUGUAGCAUAAAUUUAAACUUGAACAAUAAACCUUUCAGAGUCGCUACGGAAAAUAAAAAUGAAAAUCACGAUGUAAUGAGAAAUAGUGAGCGCUUCAAAUAUAAAACACAAACGAAUGAAAAUUUUCUCAGUCAGAAUCAAACACCCGGACAAAACACAACAGUUGUUGAGAAAAUCCAAGUUUUAUCGUCAACAGAAUUAAAGAAUCAGAAAUCGGAAGUUAUGUGUGAAACAAGAGAUAGACUCGGUCAGUGGCCAAUUGAAUCAGAAAGUGAGAUAACAGGCUAUGGUUUACAACGCAUUAGAAACGGACGAUUUAAUAAGGGCUUAGCAUACACUCGAGAAGAACGACAAAUUUUGGGAAUUCAUGGCUUAUUGGCACCUGCACUUAGAACUGAAGAGGAACAAGUAAAGCAUGCUCAUAUGUUAUUAGAAAAGUGUGCUACAGAUUUGGACAAGUAUGUUUACUUGAUGGGACUUCAAGACCGAAAUGAGCGUUUAUUUUAUCGCGUACUUGGAUCGGAUAUUAGUAAUAUGAUGCCUCUUGUUUAUACGCCAACCGUAGGAUUGGCAUGUCAAAAGUUCUCGUUGAUUUAUACAAAUCCAAAAGGGCUUUAUAUCACUAUACAUGACAAAGGACAUAUUUACGAUGUUAUCAAAAAUUGGCCAGAACAUGACGUAAGAGCCAUAGUUGUAACUGAUGGAGAAAGAAUUUUAGGAUUAGGAGAUCUAGGUGCUAAUGGAAUGGGAAUUCCAGUUGGUAAAUUAGCACUUUAUACUGCUUUAGCUGGGAUUAAGCCUCAUCAAUGCCUUCCCAUCACUCUCGAUGUUGGAACCAAUACUCAAGCAAUACUUGAUGAUCCUUUGUAUAUUGGAUUGAAGCAAAAACGAGUAACCGGACAAGAAUAUGAUGAAUUUGUUGAAGAGUUUAUGACUGCGGCUGUAAGAAGAUUUGGUCAAAGUUGUUUAAUUCAAUUUGAAGAUUUUGGAAAUUCCAAUGCUUUCCGUUUGAUUGAAAAGUAUCGAGAUCAUUAUUGUACAUUCAAUGACGAUAUUCAAGGAACGGCUAGCGUUGCUGUUGCAGGAUUGAUUGCUUCACUACGUAUUACAAAAACUCGCUUAUCAGAUAAUAAAAUAUUAUUCCAAGGCAGUGGAGAGGCAGCAUUAGGUAUUGCUGAAUUAUGUGUAAUGGCAAUGGUUCGAGAAGGUAUUUGCGAGGAAGAGGCAAGAAAACGAGUAUGGCUUGUUGAUAGUAAAGGAUUGAUUGUUAAAGAUCGACCAAAAGGCGGUAUUAAUCACCAUAAGAGCAAAUUUGCACAUCCUCAUGAGCCUGUCGAUACAUUAGCUGAAGCUGUAAAUAUUUUAAAACCGACUGUCUUGAUUGGUGCUGCUGCAAUUGCUGGAGCUUUUACAGCUGAUAUUAUUAAAGCAAUGGCUGAUUUUAAUGCACGACCAAUAAUUUUUGCAUUAUCAAAUCCAACUAGUAAGGCUGAGUGUACUGCAGAACAAGCAUACACGAAUUCUAAUGGAAAGUGUGUCUUUGCAUCUGGUUCUCCAUUCCCACCCGUUGUUUUCAACGGAAAGACAUUCUAUCCAGGACAAGGAAACAAUUCUUACAUAUUUCCAGGCGUUGCUUUAGGUGUCAUUGCCUCAAGCUGCUCUAUUAUUCCUGAAGAUAUCUUUUUGAUAUCCGCAAAGGCACUAGCUGACCUUGUUACUGAUGAAGACUUGGAAAAGGGUUCAUUAUAUCCACCAUUAGAAAAUAUUCAAGCUUGUUCACUUGAAAUUGCUGAAAAAGUCGUUGAAUAUGCAUACGAAAAUAAUUUGGCUACCGUUCGCCCAAAACCGGAAAAUUUGCGACAAUUUAUUAAGGAUCAGACUUAUGAUGCCUCUUAUAAAUCUGCUAUUCCACCAAUUUAUAAUUUUUAAUAUUCAAUGGUAUCAUAAGCAAUUUUGACCACAUGCAUGCCAAUCAUGUAGAUAUUAUAAUUCUCUGAAUGGAUAAAGGACCUUUGUAUUUUUUGUUAAUUUAUUUUUUUUUUCUUAUUUAUAUUUAAUUUUAUUGAAUGAAUAAAUGAAGGC